CGCGACCAAAGCGAGCCUAGACAGACUCUCUCUCUCUCUCUCUCUCUCUCUCUCUCUCACACACACACACACACACACACACACCCCUUGCUCCGCCAUCUCCUACUGACUCCACCAUCUUCCACCAGUAGCGCCGCCACCCUCCACUGCAAGUCUCGCCAUCCCAGAUUCAACACCGUUGGUGAGUGUUGAUUCCUUUGUUUUCCGUAUUUACGGUAUUUACGGUCUUAGCUAGGGUUUUGAGUUAGACUUCUCUAGUGUCUUGAAAUCCGUAUUGGAGAUUUGCUUUUUAAUCUGAUUUAGCAAUUUUUUUUUUCUGCUAGUGUCCGAGUAUCUGAUUUAAUGUGUCCACGUGGUGAGUUUUGUAUUCUCUCUUAAGGGUUUUUGUGUUGUUCCUUAACAGAAACACAAGUUUUCAAUUGUUGUAUGGAUAUGUGGAUGCUUGCUUAGUUAAAGAAUCCGAUGUCAUUUUGGCAAAAUCAGAAGUGGUUUAUUAAGGUUUUGUUGGGAAAAUUAAGGUUUUUUUUGGUUUGUCUAGUUCUUUACUCUUUAAUUGUGCUGACACCAUGGUUAUUUAUCUUGCCCUCAGUAUUGAAGAACAAGAAUACUUGAUAGUUGGUGUUUAGGCCUUUAUGUUCAAUUACGUGAGUAUCUGAUAUUUUGAUAUUUAUUCGGGCUCUCUGGGGGUUUAUUUGAUGAAUACGUGAGAAUUCCUUAUUGAUAGAAUUGAACUUCAUGAAAUUUGGGGACAAGCUGUUGCUGUAAUAAGUUAUGUUAUAUGGAUUUUUUAUUUUGGCUCAAAUAUCCGUGUCGAUGUGUCCGACACCUGUUUCCUUUUGGACACUUGGAUCCUCUACUUGUUAAGAUACUUACAGAAAAUGAAUAUCAUAUUAGCUAGAAAGCGAUAAUUCGAGUAUUUCACAUAGACAGGAAAUAGGGAAAUAGUAAAAACAUAAUUUUUUGAACCAUUUCUUGUUUAAACACAUUUGUAAACAUAGUUUACGGUACAUAAUCUGAGAAAAUUAUGUAAUGUAUGUAUAAUACAAACAAGAGUUCAAGACGUGUCCCCGUACCCGUACCCAAGUUGGGGACACAUAUCCAUGUGUCCUAAGAUUUAAGUUUAGGAAGGUCACACCAGUGUUUUAAAAGGCGUGAGAAGAGCGCACUAUGGCGCGAGGAGCAGCGCAGCGCAAGGAAUGCGCUUCGAAAAUGUGGACUAUGGUGCGGAACCCAAAGGCGCACGAAAGGCGCUGAGGCGAUGCCUUUCGUCUAUGAGCCAAAAAACGGAUCUGACGGUUCUCACCCAUACAUAAGUCGAUUGCGAUGCACUGAAUAAUUGUUUUUUUUAAGUCAAUCUCAGCCCUAAUCGAUCAUAGCAGCAGCGGAUAAAAAAGAAGAAGAGAUCAGCGACAGCUUCAGUCAAUGAGAUCUCAGCCCUAGUCAAUCUCAGCUCCUCCUUCUUUCUUUCUUCUUCUCGUAGGCGACUCCUCCUCCUCCUUUCUUCCAGCCAUGGCCGAGGAAGCAGGUAUGUUCGUGGUUCAUCAAACCAUCGGUAGUGUUCUAUGUUGCAAAUGUGGUAUUCCGAUAGCACCAAAUGCUGCCAAUAUGUGCGUGAAGUGCUUGCGUUCUGAAGUUGACAUCACAGAAGGUUUACAGAAAAAUGUCAUUAUAAUCCAUUGCCCAGAGUGUGACACCUACUUGCAGCCGCCAAGAACUUGGAUUAGAGCCCAACUAGAAUCGAAGGAGCUCUUGACGUUCUGCGUGAAGAGAUUGAAGAACUUGAACAAAGUAAGGCUAGUACAUGCCGAAUUCAUUUGGACUGAACCUCACUCUAAGAGGAUUAAAGUCAAGCUUAAAGUUCAGAAAGAGGUCCUCAAUGGAGCAAUACUUGAACAGACUUAUACGGUUGAGUACGUUGUUCAGGACCAAAUGUGUGAAUCUUGUACUAGGGUCCAAGCUAACCCUGACCAGUGGGUGGCUGCUGUACAACUGCGGCAACAUGUUUCUCACAGGCGGACUUUCUUCUAUUUGGAGCAGCUUAUUCUUAGGCACGAUGCUGCAGUCAGAGCCAUAAGAAUCAAGCAAAUGGAUCAGGGAAUAGAUUUCUUUUUCGGGAAUCGUAGUCAUGCUGUCAAGUUUGUGGAGUUUCUGGGAAAAGUUGCUCCAAUUAAGAGUCGUAACGACAAACAACUUGUUUCUCAUGAUACCAAGAGCAAUAACUACAAUUACAAGUUCACUUUCUCCGUUGAAAUCUGUCCAGUAUGCCGUGAGGAUCUGAUCUGCCUCCCGCCGAAAGCUGCUAUUAGUUUGGGAAAUCUUGGCCCACUUGUCAUUUGCACAAAAGUGACCAACAACAUUGCUUUGCUGGACCCCUUUACCCUUAGGCACUGUUUCUUGGAUGCCGAUCAGUAUUGGCGGACAUCUUUUAAGUCUCUGCUUUCUAGUAGGCAGCUUGUGGAAUAUAUUGUAUUGGAUGUGGAGGUUGUUGCUGCUGAAGUUAAUGUCGGUGGGUCGAAGUAUGCUUUAGCUGAUGCUCAAGUUGCUCGUGUAUCAGAUUUUGGAAAAAAUGACACGAUUUUCAAUGUGAGGACACAUUUGGGCCAUCUUUUAAACCCUGGGGAUUAUGCUCUUGGAUUUGACUUGUAUGGAGCUAACAGUAAUGAUAUUGAACUCGACAAGUACAAGGGUAUGGUCGUCCCUGAUGUGAUUUUGAUGAAAAAGAGCUAUGAAGAGAAGCGACAGAGGAAACGUGGGAAGCCUCGUGCAUGGAAGCUUAAGUCUCUUGGCAUGGAAGUUGAUGAUACUACAGCCAAAGGAAGAAAUGAGGAGGAAAAGAGGGAUUCAGAGUACGAACAGUUCUUGAGAGACUUGGAAGAGAAUCCUGAAAUGAGGUUUAAUAUAUCGCUAUAUCGUAAUGAGGAAUACCAGCCAUCGGAAAUGGCCUCUGUGACUGAUGGGGAGGAUCUGCCUUCUGUGCCUUUGGAUGAGUUGCUUGCUGAUCUUGAUUUAAGUGAUGAGGAAGAUGGCGAAAGUAGCAUGAGAGAGUGAACUGAAGCAGCAGGUUGUAUUAAUUAAAGAGUUUUCAACAUCUCAUCAAAAGUUUGUUGGUAUGAGAUUUCUACCAUCUUUUUUAUUCUGUUCUUUUUGUGUUUCUCUUCCUCAUUAUUCUUAUAUGGAACUAGAAGAGUUUCUUUCUAAGCUUGUUAAUGACUUUAUGAACAUGUGGGAAGUGGUAUUUUAUGAUAGUUUUCUUUUCACAGUA